GGGGGUGAGGGUGGCCGCCCGCCCUCAGCACCCGGGAGAGCUCCGCCGCUGCACCGCGCAUGCCCCGGCCCCGCCGGCGCGGAUAUAACCGCGGCGCGGCGCGGCAUCGGCGCCAGCCGCUCGGACCCGCCGGGCCGGAGAGAUCCCGUCCCCGUCCCCGGUCCGGCAGCCCGCCCGCCGAAGAGGCUGCCCGCUGCUGCUGACUCGGGGGUCUGGGGAAAGGCUCCCGCGGACCCGUCGCCCUCCCUAGCAUGGGAUGGGCGAACCGUGCGAGCGCGGUGCCUGCUCGCCAGCCGCCGGCAUGAAGGAAGGAAAGGACUGGGAGUCCUGGGACGCGCCGCUGGGUUUCCUGGAGGGCGCCCAGAUGGGCAACAGGAGCAACGUGUCCUUCCUGCAGCUCUUCAAGAACAUCAACCUGGAGCGAGCCGAUGGGAUGCAGGGGGACAGCUCCGACGUGGUGCGGAUUGUCAUCUCCCUCGUGUACUCGGUGGUGUGCGCCCUGGGGCUGGUGGGCAACCUGCUUGUGCUCUAUCUGAUGAAAAGCAAACAAGGCUGGAGAAAGUCCUCCAUCAACCUCUUUGUGACCAGCCUGGCAGUGACUGACUUCCAGUUUGUGCUGACCUUGCCAUUCUGGGCAGUGGAGAACGCACUGGACUUCAACUGGCUAUUCGGCAAGGCAAUGUGUAAGAUUGUCUCAUAUGUGACAGCCAUGAAUAUGUAUGCCAGUGUCUUCUUUCUCACUGCUAUGAGUGUGGCUCGAUACCGCUCUGUGGCUUCCGCCUUGAAGAAUCAGCGGCGACGUGACCCACUGCGUGGCUGCUGCUCUGCCAAGUGGCUUUGUGCACUCAUCUGGCUGUCAGCUAUCCUGGCUUCCCUGCCUCAUGCCAUUUUUUCCACCACCGCCACCGUCUUUGAUGAUGUGCUCUGCCUCGUCAAGUUCCCCGAGGGCCGAGGCAGCAAUGCCCAGUUCUGGCUGGGUCUGUACCACAUCCAGAAGGUGCUGCUGGGCUUCGUGGUGCCGCUGGCCGUCAUCAGCCUCUGCUACUUGCUCCUGGUACGUUUCAUCAGUGACAGGCACGUUGGCAGCACCUGCAGUGGUCCCAGCACCAAGCGCCGCUCCAAAGUAACUAAGUCAGUGUCCAUUGUGGUGCUGUCAUUCUUCUUGUGCUGGCUGCCUAACCAAGCGCUCACAACGUGGGGCAUCCUCAUCAAACUCAACGUGGUGCACUUCAGUACUGAGUACUUCCUCUCCCAAUUGUACCUCUUCCCCAUCAGCGUGUGCCUGGCACACUCCAACAGCUGCCUCAAUCCCAUCCUCUACUGCCUCAUGCGCAGGGAGUUUCGCAAGGCACUGAAGAGCCUCCUCUGGCGGAUCACCUCACCUUCCCUCACCACCAUGCGCCCUUUCACCGACACCACCAAGCCCGAGCAGGAGGAGCAGGCCCUGAACGCCUUGGUGCCUGUCCACCCUGUCACUGCUUCUUCCCCUGCUGCAACCGUCCAGCCGGAGGUCGCCUACUACCCCCCUGGGGUGGUGAUGUACAGCAGCCGCUAUGACCUGCUGCCUGCUAGCUCCACGGAGCAGCGCUGCUGAGAUGGGAAGGGGGCUCUGCGGGGGGUGGGACUGUGGGGUUUGUGCAAGAUCUUGCCCUGGGAUAUGGAAUGCCUGGUAGGGACAAGGGGAGGAGUGAUGGGUAAAGGAGGGCUUCUGCGUGAGAGAUGCUCUUUUGGGGCUGUGUCUGCUCUCAGAAACUUGUUGAUUGAAAUUGUUGUCUUGAAAAUGUCCACCAGACUGGAGGAGUAGGAGGAGGCAGUGGUGGUGCUUUGGGGAUUGGGGUGUCUCUAGGAGAUGCUUUUUAGUGCUUGUACCUGUUCUGGGGAAGAGGAACUGGGGAGGGUGAUGGGACUCCAUCUAGGGAAGAUGCAGGAUGUUCAGGGCACCAUAGGGAGGAGAGGGGCUGGAUGGCGUGGAGCAAGGCUGGGAGGCCUCAGCUGUGUCCCCCCAACCUGGAGGCGCAAGCAGCAAGGGGCCAGCAGCCCUCCCACCCCUGUGUGUGUGUUUGUGGCAGGAGGAGGGAUCUGGGCUUCUUUGUCACUGCUGUGUGGCAUUGUAAAGGAUGCCAACCCGGCUGUGGUCACUGCUCCCCGGGCUCCAGGGAGGGCACAGGGAUCAGGCAGCCUAUGUCCUAUUUCAUACCUGCCCUGAUGGGAACAGCCAGGACAAGUGGGUACAAGGCUCCUGCUUGUUCAGGCUUGGCCCCUUUCUCCUCUUUUAGGGACCCAGGAAGGAGAGGGGACAAGGAGCACUGUUGCUCUCCUCCCGAUCUGUGCAGGAUCUGCUUUUCCAGCUCACCCCAACCCCUCUGCUGCUGCCAGGAUACAGAGCAACCCAGACAGCCACGGAGAAAGCCAAGGACAGGACUUGCAGCUUCAUGGAGAGGUGAUGCUUUGCCUGGGUUUGGAGGGGAGGGUGUGAGCCCCCUGACAUCUUGUUCCCCAGCCUCUCCCCAGGCUGCUGGGAGGAAACUCACAGCCCCAAACUGUGUGUGGCAAGGCAGCCAUCUCUCCAAGGGGACUGAGGCUGCAGGCUUUGUUCAUGCGGUGCUUCAGACUGUUUGCAUGUCACUCCAGGAAAUCAGCACAACCAUAAAUAAAAAAGGGAAAAAGAAACAAAUCAUAGACACUUCAAGCUGUUUGCUCUGGGAUACUUUUGGGUUCAGCUAAAACCAAGCACAAAGGUUUUUGUUCUGCUAAAUUGUUUGUUAAGGGUCUGCAUUGAUACUUGCCAGUGUUUUCAAUUAACUCCAGUUCAAUUCCUCUGGUGUGAGCAGCCCUAGAGCCUGCAGUUCAGUGCUCUCGCACCCUGGAGAAGGGCAGGGACAAUGCCUGUCCCAGCCUGUGUACCAGAGAAACAUCUGGGAAAUAAAUUUAUGUUGAUCUGAAAUGAACUCUUAAGGGCAUGAAAAAAGUGUAAUUUUAAGCUGAGAAACUUUUUAUGGUAAGGCUAUAUAUUUACAUUUUUAAAUAUUUUUUUAAAUUAUGAGAAAAUGGAAAGAUCAAAAUUUUUCUUUUAAAAGACAGGAAAAAUGCAACAGUUCUGGUUUUGUUGCCAAAACACAAGUUCAUUAAUCCCCAAUACUGCAUAUGGGAUUAAUAUAUACAUACAGUAUUCAAAACCCCUCUCUAUUUCUAGCCCCUUCCCCUGCAGCCUAACUCCAACAUCUGCCCAACUCUGCUAAAAAAGCAUUUCUGCAGAGGGUUCUUUGGCACCUCUAAGUAUUGAUGUGGAUCAAACUUGCUAUUUCUGUCCAGAGAAAAUUGCAGUGCCAUUAGUGGCAAUUAUGCUUUGCAGACUCUGUUAGGCUUACUGUACAUGUCGGUAACUCCUGUUGUAAAAUUCAGGCUUGGUCUGGAAGCAGCUGAUUCUGGUACUUGCAAGGAGAAGCUGUUGUUCUAUUUUUUCAAGGCAGAAUAGACUGCCACUACUGUCUUGGGUGCUUGCUAACUGGGAAGAUAACAGGUGCCUGGAGGAGAACAGCAGAAGUGAGCUGGCAGCUGAUGGACAUACUUAUACAGAUGCAAAGACUCUGAAGAAAUCAGAUAUAUCCACAGAGAACUUGAGCAUCUAAGUACUGUACAACAAGUUCCUAAGUCCUGACAUGGCUGCCAGUUGAAGUCUGUAGGUACUUAAAAGUUUUUUCUAGUAAAAUUUUUUGUGCCUAUAAGUCUGCUCCUGAGCAUGCCUAAAUCUGCUUAAGUCUGUAGCAUUUAUCUCUGUGCUUCAUGGGGAUUUCUCAGUCAGGACUGGCCACAGUGGGUAUCCUAAGCGAGGGAGGCAGCUCUGCAUCCCAACACAGAACACCCUGUGCCAGGCCACACUAAGUUAGGAGGGGAUGUAAACUUAACUCAUUCCCCCCAUCCCUUUGUAUCUAUGUCUAGAUAUCGUUCUCCUGUCUCACCUUCAAUGCAUGUGCAGGUUAUACUCCUUCCUAUUCCCUUUUGAACCAUUCAAUAAGUGGGCAGAGCUUUUGCCCACAGCCUAGGAGAUGCAGCUUCCCCCCCUUCCACAUCCCUGAGGAAUGACUGAAUCUCUGGGCUACUCUGUGAAUGUGCUCAAAUCCUCUGGCUUGAAACAGUUCCCUGUUGCAUGAGUUGCUCACCAUUGCUGAAUCACAAAGGGAAAGCAAGCCCUCGAACGCUACUUUGCAGCAUAGUGGUUAGGGUGUGAGCCCCAAAAAUGAAGUGCCAAGAUUUUUUUUCCUUGUAAAUAGAGAAGAGAAAUUGGAUCCAGGUCUGAAUUCUAGGUCUCCCCUUUCUGAGUACAAUAAUUAACUUGUUCCCAGGUCCUGAUUCAACUGAAGUUUCAGUUUGCCAUGCAAGAACCUGAGACCUUUCUAGACCCGUUAAGUCUAGCAGCCUAAUGUGUCAAAGGAUUUGCAAGAAAUGCAUUUGGGUCUCACAUGUUCUGGGAAAAAGUCCUAAUGCCUAUGCUAGCAGAUGAAGCAAGCUACACUGUUGUGUGAAAAAAGGAUACCAUGAACACUUAACUCUAGAAUUCAGAGAGAUCUAACCGUGUCUCUGUAGGCCAGGAGAAAGUACCUAAAUUAAGAAGAGGGGAUGAAUCUCAAAGCCAGACUCUCUUUUUAGUGUUUGCUUUUGAACAGCAUUGUUUCUUGCUUGGCUUGCUGGAAUUUUAAUCCCUAUCCCGAUGCUUUAGUGUUCUUAUGCAUUACAUAAAAAGCUAUCCAGGUGUCUAAAGCAUAAAUAUGAAUUUCAGUAGAUAGCAAACUGCCUAAAUGACAACCUCUGCGGUGCUCAGCAUGACAAAACCCAUGUGCUUUUGUGGAUGUCAAUGUAGACAUAAUUUUAUGCCAGCAAAACACAACAGUAAAAUAGAUGAUAUAUAGAACAACCUAUAGUUAGCUCAGAAUACUAGCAAGAUACCAUGCUCAGAGGAAGCCCCAGGUAUCUGAUCGCUAAAGACAUAAAAAACGUACAUUUGGCAAAUCAUCCAAGCAGGAAAAUACCUUGGGUGUGUAGGGACUAGACUAUGGACUUAAAGGGCAGCGCUCUCUUAAACCACUGAUCCACCAGGUGUAGAUCAUGAAUAUGCUGUUUGAAGAGGCACAACCCAUCCACAACUGGCCAAAUGUUGGUUUAGGCCAGACGGGCAGUUCAGGCUGUGUGGGUCCAGCAUGGCCAAAGAGCACUGCUCUAGCUGUGCAUGAGCAGAGAGAAAUUUCGUUUCAUGUGUGCUGUGAGACCCAACUAUCAGUGUGUGAAAUCUGGGCUCUGUGUUGCAUGGACAGGGGCACCAGCCAGAGCAUUGCAAGGAAGGAGCAGUUGCUCUGAGUGUGCACACAGCAUCAGGCAUGUAAGCUUGAGCAGAUCUUUCCAGCUCCAGCAUUGAGAGUACACAUUAACAACAAUAAAUCCUACUGGGUAUCUGGGGCUUUCCUAAGUAAUCAGUAUAGCCCGCUUCAAAACCACUCCUGUCUCCUCCAAAUGUUCAUGUCUUCAUUUGUAACAAUCACCUUUUCAUGGAAUAAAAUAAACACAGCUGAAGGAUACAAAACAAUACUUAAGAGUUCUUUAAGAGAUUUUUGUGAUGGGUCUCCUCCUGUUAGAGAUUCCUGGUGGACUGCUGGUAGAGGCGCACAUUGCUACGGAAUGAUAGAGACUCGAAGGUGCAGGCUGACAUCUAGUGACAAAGUGAAAGAACCUUUAAAGCCCAGAUACUCUCAUUAGGCACUGACUUUGAUUGCCUAAGGACUUUUAAGUAUCUCUCCCCCCCAAUAACUAACCAAGCUCUUAAUUCAAUAACAAACUCCAAUUGCAUUUCCAGGUUUCCCUUUGAAAUGCCUCUUCGGUAGAAAUAUUGCUUCACUUUCUCUUUGAGUUAUUCUGGCACUCACUUUAGCAGUAAAAAAAAUCCAGGCUCCUUCAUUCCCAUUCACGACUGUCUGCUUUAAAACUUGAUUAUUCAAUUGAGUGCCUGUGCAGAAGCUCUGAUCUAAUCGGUAUCCCUGAGCUUGAGCAGGCAUAGGUAUGGGUGCAGUGCAGCUCAAGGAUAUGAGAUUGGGAGCUUGGAUCUCCAGUUUUUAGGGAGGGUUAUUUCUCCUGCUUCAAAAGAGACUUCUGAUUAAUCUGUUCAGAGGGGGGUAUUGAAAAUAUCUUUUAUCAUGAUUAAGCAGGAAUAAGACUCUCCUCUGGGUAGAUUCUCAGCAUCAGUCAGUGCAGUGGCAGUUGAGACAAAGUCUGCAAGAAAAGGCUGGGAAACCAGUUAACUCGUUCCUUUGCUAAGGUGUAGUUGGUAACAUGUCUUAGAUAUAUUCCUUAGUUGCAUGGAGUUGUUUUCCUUAGAACUGUCUCUUUCAAAUCCAUAUGCAUUUGCAGAUAUGUGCAGGUUUCUUAGCCUAUGUUUGUGCAUAGCCUCAGAGUCCUUCCCAAAAUCUUAACUGUAAAAUAAAGACUCACAGGAUGGCUGAGCAAAUUGGGCCAAAACCACAGCUGGAGACAGAAACAAUUUAUUUAGUUGUGCAAGUUUUUUGAAACCUUGACCUAUCUGCUUGGGGAGGACUGGCAGACUAUUCAGUGUGGGAAAUAACUAAAUAAAGGUAGCUCACUCAGAUAACAACUCUCUCCCUCACUCGUCCAUUCCUUGGAACAAUGAGAUACUAUUUCUCCAAGGACCAGUGUUUUUCCUUGCACAGACCAACUGAAUGAGUACACUCAUUGCACAAUGAUCAAAUUAACUAUUCAACACUGACUUCUGACAUCAUUGUUCAAUGAACGUUUCCACUUUUGUUCAGAAGUCAUAUCUAAUCUCAUGCUGGAUAAAAGUGGAAUCUUGUGGAAAAAAAUGACUUCUCUGUGAAAAAAGUCUCUGAUCAGCUUAGACAAGAAAUCUGAAAAUCAAAUACCUUCAAUUUUCUUUUCAGGCCAAAUACUAAAACUGAGAUAAUAAAGUUGUUCUCAAUUCAUAGCUACCAACAAUUAGCCUGGAUGGGGAAAUGAUGAUUAGAUGAUGGGGAAAUCACCUCUGACUAAGCUGGUAACCUUUGAUUAGACAACUGGCUUGGCGGAUGUGGGGAGAGCAGUGGAUGUUGUUUAUCUUGACUUAAAUAAGGCUUUUGAUGCUCUCUUCCAUGACAUCCCCAUAGACAAACUGAUAAAGUAUGGACUAGAUAAGUGGGCGUGAGCUGGACUGAAACUGACUGAACUGCCAGGCUUAAAGGAUUGUGAUAAACAGCACAAAGUCCAGCUGGAGGGCAUUCUGGGCUCCCCAGUACAAGACAGAGGUGAACUUAUUGGAGAGGCUCCAGUAUGAUGGAGCAUUUGGAGCAUCUACCAUACAAGGAGAGGCUGACAGAGCAGGGUUGUUCAGCCUGGAGCUGAGAAGGCUCAGAGAGAUCUUACCAAUGUGUGGAAAUACCUGAGGGAGGGGGGGG